UAAAAUCGAUGAGGUCGACCGUCUCCUUCAUAAUUACCCAAAUACAAUAUUAUCUAAUUUCCGCAUAUAUUGGCAUAACAUGGCUGCAGCUUGGUGGUUGCUGCAACUUGCAGAAGAAGAAGAAAGAAAUAUGCUGAAAAUUCGAAGAAGACAAUUACGUGAUGCAAGUAAUCCAUUUGAAAUUUUAGAAUCGCAAUUUAUUCAUUUAUAUCGGUUAACAAAAGAUGCUACAUUAGCAUUACGCGAUUCUAUACAGCCUCAUAUGCAAGUAGCAGUACGAUUAACAGCAAUUCCAUUAGAACUGAAGCUUUUAGCAACUUUAAGCUUUUUAAGCUCAGGUUCCUAUCAGAGGAGAAUUGGGCAGGACUUCCUAAGUUGUAUGUGUCAAUCAUCCGUUAGUGGAGCAAUACAUCAAAUUAUACAUGCAUUAAAUGCUAUAAUGCCACAAUGGAUAACAUUCCCUACAGAACAUGAUGAGAUUCAAACUAUUCAGCAAACGUAUUUCAUUCACACAAAUUUUCCGGGUGUCAUAGGUGCGAUUGAUGGAACGCAUGUAGCCAUUUGGCCACCUGAAAAAAACAGGGAACACUUAUAUAUAAACAGGAAAUUGUACCACUCUUUAAAUGUUAUGAUUGUUUGUGAUUAUUAUUGCAAAAUUUUAGCUGUAGUUGCAAACCAUGGUGGCCGUACGCACGAUGCAAGGGUAUGGAACUCGUCUCAAUUAUCGAGACAUAUGUUAAAUAAAUAUCAAAACGGAAGACGAAAUGUCUGGUUAUUAGGAGAUUCUGGGUAUCCCUUAUUACCAUAUCUAAUGACACCUAAACUGAAUCAGCCAGCAAGAUCUCCAAGUGCUUCUUACACAGAUAGGCAUGCUACAGCACGAUGUACAGUAGAAAGAACAAUAGGCAUAUGGAAAGGACGGUGGAGAUGCUUACGCAAAGAGAGGGACCUGCCUCAAGUCAAGUCUUAA